AUGGCUCUCCGAUCAAUCAAAACGCCGACCUUGAUAACUCCCGCCGGCGUUGUCUCCUCCUCAACUGUCACCAAGCCUCAGUCUUUCAGAUUACCCUCUAAACUGACGGCGUCACUCGCCGUCCACAACCGCCAUCCAUCAUCGAUCUACGGCAUCUGUUCGAAUCUCAAACUCAAACCAGCAGCUCAUUCUUCUUCCGCCGCGAAAUUCCGGUGCUCAGCGUCGGCGCUGACGCCGCAACUUAGAGAUACGCUGGAGAAACUGGUGAGUUCGGAGAAAGUGGUGCUCUUUAUGAAAGGGACGAGAGAUUUCCCGAUGUGCGGAUUCUCCAACACGGUGGUUCAGAUCCUGAAGAACUUGAACGUGCCUUUCGAGGAUGUGAACAUUCUGGAGAACGAGAUGCUGAGGCAGGGGCUCAAAGAGUACUCGAAUUGGCCGACUUUCCCUCAGCUUUACAUCGGCGGCGAGUUUUUCGGUGGUUGUGAUAUCACUCUUGAGGCGUUUCAGAGUGGAGAGUUGCAGGAAGUGGUGGAAAGAGCUAUUUGUUCUUGA